AUAACUUUGAUGAAAGAAGAAAGAAAGUUCCAAAUUUAUUAUAUUUGCUUUCAUCAUCAUGUGAAGUUGCGUGGAGCCAUUUUCCACUUUGUGACAGUGUUCCUUCCUUCCUUACUCUUGUGUUUUUGAAACAGCUUUUGCUUCUUUACCACUCUGCAAAUCAACAACAUUUGUACCACCAAAACAAUUUUUUCCUAUUUUUCACACCCAUAAUCCUUCAAAGAUUUCAUUGUCUCAUCAUAAAUAAUCAUUCAACACCAUCUCUUGCUGUUUUUUCAAGCUUUUCUUCGUCUUCAACUUGCAAUUUUUAUCACAAAAGUCAAUGCACCCCUUUUUUUAUACACCCCCCAUUUGGAUCUGAAUCUCUUUUAUCUCAUCCCCAUUGAUGAAACUCCUUAAAACCUUCAUGGGUUUUCACCUAUUCAUCUUAAAGACUAAAUUUUUAUGAUUUUUGUCAUGAAUUUCUCAUGUGGGUCAUUUUCUUUCUCAUGUGGGACAGACAUGUAUUAUUUUUUAUCUAAUGUAGACAAACUCUAAGAUCCAAAAGGACAAGUUCAUAAAAUAUCCCUAAGGAGACUUAGUCAUGUAUAAACCAUUUGUGACAUGUGAUGAUCCAAAAGGAGUUGUUGAGUGUGGAACUAUAAGAAGAUAUAGGUCAAGUUCUCACAAAAUGAAGGACAAGACAAAGGGCCGAAAGACGGCCGAAAAUUUAGGGACAAACAAAGAAGCUAAAGAAGAGAAGGUAUUGUCAAAAGGUUCGGGCGAAAGAGAUUUUGAUCCAUCUUCUUUGCAGCUUGUGGAGGUGUCUAGAGGUGCCGAGAAAUUGAACAAGAUGAUUAAGUCGUGGUCUAGUGGUUUAAGGUAUGAUGGAAAAUCGGAAGAUAUUGCCAAGGAUUUGUUAAAAGGAGCUCUUGAUUUGCAAGAAUCUCUAGAGAUGCUUCGAAAGGUUCAAGAUGCGUCGAGUAGUAUUGCUCGUUCGAAGAAAAAACAAGACGAGGAACGUGAAAGGAGUAGAAUUGAUGCAAAGGUGAAUGAUAGAAUUAGGACGACGCAUUCUAAUCAAUUUGUUGAACACAAUUCGGCUUAUGGUUCUUCGAGUAGUUGUAGAGAGGAACUUAAGAAAGUUAUUAAGGAGAGUUUGGUUAGACAAAAUCUAUUCCAAAGCACAAGCACUUCUGAAGGAUUGGAUUCGGUUUCCGCAGCGUUCCCUUCUACAAGCUCAAGUCAAUCUUCUGUUGUUUGGUAUGACAAACUUUCUGAUUCUUCGUCGUCACCAAAUUUUCCGAAGAAGGAGAAAAGCACCAAUCUUGUUGCAAAGUUGAUGGGAUUAGAACAAGUCCCUUCAAGAACAUUUCCAUCUGUUAUGCAAAAACAGAUGGAGAAUCAAAAGAUUGUGAAUCAAAAGAGACCGGUAUUCGAGAUUGAUACACCGAAGGUAAGAAAGCAUAGUUUGGUAGUCGAGAAGGUUAAUCCAGAUAGACAAAAAACACUGAGGGAAAUUCUUGAAACCACUCAUUUCAAUGGAUUGUUGAAGAAUAGUCCUAUUAGAGAGCACAAGCUUCACAAUCAUGUCAAUCAUUCCAAUGAUCUUCAAUAUGAUGAGUUUGGUGAUUUACCACCGAUUGUGCUCAUGAAACCCCGGCGUGCUUCGUAUGAAGAAUUCGUAGAAACUUAUGAGCCGGUUCCUCAAGAAGAAUCAUCUUUUAGAAAUCUAAAAGAAAGAGGAGUUCCUUCAAAAACCUUCAAUCCAAGGGAAGGUUCAACUACCAACAUGAGAAAAGACAUGGAAGAAAAUAUUUCCAAAAGGCUUAUCAGAGAGGAAAGGCCGAAGCGCGUCAAAGAGGUUUUUGAAAUUGAUGUGAAAGAAAUCAAACCGGUUGAAAACAAGAAGGUUCAAAAAGCUAGUCAAAGAUUACAAGCAAGUGAAACAGUUGAUGAAAAAACUAAGGUAAAGAACAUUACAAGUAGCAGAAAGCCACUAGAGAAGGAGGUUUCGAAAGCUAAAGUUGUAACAAAAGCUCAAGAUCAAGGAGAAAUCAGGUCUAGUAGUGAAAAGUUGAAGAAGCCGCGAAGUGUGUCGAGAAUUGACAAGAACGAUACUAUAUCUAGAAAGAGCACUUCUUCAAAUUCAAAUACCAUAAUCACAAAACCGAAGAUACAAAAGGUUAAUAGUUCGAAGGAUUUGAAGAAGAGUCCGAUGAAGAAGCAAAGAUCUAUCGACUUGCCGGAAGCAGCUAAACCACUAGAUGAACAAUUAACGCAAGAAGACGGAAUGAAUAUCAAUGUUUCUUGUAAAGAUGAUUGUGCUGAGAUUAAAAUAAUCACUACAAUAACCGAAGAUCUCAUCAUGGAGCAUGAAGUAGACACCUCUUUGAAUAAGACUAGAGAUAUUUCUGAGGAGGUCCAGAAUUCGUUAGGUGACGAUGUUUUGAUGAUAAGUUGUGAACAUGAAAUCGAUGCCAUCCAUGCCGAGGAACCUCAUGACACCACCGGUAUCAGUGGAACUGAUUUCGAGCCAGACAAAGACACUCCUGAGCUGAAAUAUUUUCUUCUCACAAGUAAAUCAUUCAUUGACCAUGCAGUGGAGCUUCUCAAUCUUGAUGUUGGUUAUCCUAAGAUCCUACCAAAGAUUGAAACAAAAGGAAUAGCCAAUAGCAGACUCUAUUUGGACUGCGCGAACGAACUCGCCGAGAGAAAGAGCCUUCAAGAGUCAUCAUCACAAGUAGUUCACCCCUUAUUGCUAACUUGUGUAGGGAAUUCAAGAUUGCAAAUUUCUCUGGAAAGCUUGGUUGAAGAAGUUUACAAGGCAAUUGAGAAUCUGACAUCUUAUAGUGAAAAUUCUGAGACUAAACUUAUUUUGGAUAAUAUCUGUGCAAUGUUGGAGAGAGAUAUGAAGUGCAACAAUAGAAUGAUAAAUGGAAUAUGGAACUGUGGUUGGAAGCAUGGAUUUUCUUAUGAUGAAGUUGAACAAGUUGUUAAUGAAGUAGAAAACAUGGUUUUAGAUGGAUUAAUUGAGGAGAUUAUUGUAAAUUUAUGAUUACAUAUUUUAAGACAUUUCCAUGCCUGCAUGCAAUCAGCCAUAGAAGGUCCGGAUAAUGAAGAUUUGGACCUUCUAAUCUUAUCGGGGAUAUAGAUGUGGCUGACUGCAUGCAAUAAUCUUUAUUGUAUCAACAUCUUCACCUUGUAUAUAAUAAGGACUGAUGGAAUUGACCACAAGAUAGAAGAGUUGAAGAAGUUAGCUGCAGAAGUUGCAUAAUUUUGGUAUGAAAAAUUUAUUUUAAUAGAA